CGGCGGACUGGGCGUGAGUUGAUUGGCUGGGAGGCGGGGCGCCACGGCUAGGCUCUAUCCCGGCGCUCGCUCGGAUCCCGGGUGGAGUGAGGGAGGGAGUCCCGAUCGCCCUUACCUCCCAGCGAUGGCGCCGUGGUGCCGCGCCCAGUCCCCCGCCUGCCGGCCGGUAGUCCCCACUAUCGGGAGCCCGCUCAGACGGUGAAAAUUGGAGCGGGUCAGACGGAGCAGCGGGACGCUGCCUGCGACGGGGACCAUGAGGAGCGGCGAGACCCGUGGGGUCGAUAGCGGGAACUGCCGCGGCACCUGCUAAGAGGAGAGAGGGAGCGGCGGCGGGGCGGGGGCGCGGCGGAGGAUCGCCGGCGGCUCGGCCAUGUCGCUGCUCUGCGUGCGCGUUAAAAGAGCCAAAUUCCAGGGAUCACCAGACAAAUUUAACACAUAUGUGACCCUGAAAGUGCAAAAUGUGAAGAGUACAACUGUAGCAGUUCGUGGCGAUCAACCUUCCUGGGAACAAGAUUUUAUGUUUGAGAUUAGUCGCCUGGACCUGGGUCUCAGUGUGGAAGUAUGGAACAAAGGACUGAUCUGGGACACCAUGGUGGGGACUGUGUGGAUUGCACUGAAGACGAUUCGUCAGUCGGAUGAGGAAGGGCCUGGGGAGUGGUCCACGUUGGAGGCAGAGACAUUAAUGAAAGAUGAUGAAAUCUGUGGAACUAAAAACCCAACUCCCCAUAAAAUUUUGCUUGAUACAAGAUUUGAGUUGCCUUUUGAUAUCCCAGAAGAGGAAGCUAGAUAUUGGACCUACAGAUUGGAGCAAAUGAAUGCCUUGGGACCUGACAAUGAGUAUUCUAGUCAAGAAGAAAGCCAGAGGAAGCAAUUGCCUACUGCUGCCGCCCAGUGUUCUUUUGAAGAUCCUGACAGUGCCGUGGAUGACCGAGAUAGUGAUUAUCGCAGUGAGACCAGCAAUAGCAUCCCGCCUCCUUACCAUACAACUGCCCAGCCCAACGCUUCUGUGCACCAGUUCCCAGUGCCUGUGCGAUUGCCGCAGCAGCUGCUGCUUCAGGGCAGUUCCCGGGACUCUUGCAAUGACUCUGUGCAAAGUUAUGACCUUGAUUAUCCAGAGCGGCGGGCCCUCAGCCCCACCAGCAGUAGUAGGUAUGGCUCCUCCUGUAACGUGAGUCAAGGAAGCUCUCAGUUAAGUGAACUGGACCAGUGUCAUGAACAAGAUGAUGACCGUCGGGAGAGGGACUCCAUUCAUUCCUGCCACAGCUCCAGCAGCCUCUCCAGAGAUGGACAAGUAGGUUUUGGAGAACAAGAGAAAGCCUUGGAGGUGACAGGUGAAGAGGAGAAGGGGGGAGUGUGUGAACCCAAGGAGAUGAAAGAAGAUGCCACAGCCCAUCCACCCCCAGAUAUGGUGCUACACAAAGACCUUGUCCGAGGCCCCCAGGAGAGUUUUCCUGAGGAGACUGCAUCUUCGCCAUUUACCCAAGCCAGAGCGCACUGGAUCCGAGCAGUUACCAAGGUUCGACUCCAGCUGCAGGAGAUUCCAGAUGGUGGUGAUCCCUGUUUGCCCCAGUGGCUUCCAGAAGGGCCAGCUGGAGGGCUCUAUGGCAUUGACAGCAUGCCGGAUCUACGCAGAAAGAAGCCACUGCCGCUUGUCAGUGACCUGUCACUGGUCCAGUCCCGGAAAGCAGGCAUUACUUCUGCAAUGGCUACACGCACCUCUCUCAAAGAUGAAGAGCUGAAAUCGCAUGUGUAUAAGAAAACCCUGCAGGCCUUAAUCUAUCCCAUCUCGUGCACCACACCCCACAACUUUGAGGUGUGGUCAGCCACCACCCCGACCUACUGCUAUGAGUGUGAAGGCCUGCUCUGGGGCAUUGCCCGGCAGGGCAUGCGCUGCAGCGAGUGUGGAGUCAAGUGCCAUGAGAAGUGCCAGGACCUACUCAAUGCUGACUGCCUGCAGCGGGCUGCAGAAAAGAGCUCUAAACAUGGAGCGGAGGACCGGACCCAGAACAUCAUCAUGGCCAUGAAGGACCGCAUGAAGAUCCGAGAGCGGAAUAAGCCAGAGAUCUUUGAAGUUAUCCGGGAUGUCUUCAAUGUGAGCAAAGUCGCCCAUGUGCAACAAAUGAAAACAGUGAAGCAGAGUGUGUUGGAUGGCACCUCCAAAUGGUCAGCCAAAAUCACCAUCACUGUGGUGUGUGCCCAGGGCCUACAAGCCAAGGACAAGACAGGAUCCAGUGACCCUUAUGUGACUGUGCAAGUGGGCAAAACCAAGAAGCGUACCAAGACCAUUUUUGGAAACCUGAAUCCUGUUUGGGAGGAGAAGUUCCAUUUUGAGUGCCACAACUCUUCUGACCGCAUUAAGGUACGUGUGUGGGAUGAGGAUGAUGACAUCAAGUCACGAGUAAAGCAGCGGCUAAAGCGAGAGUCUGAUGAUUUCCUCGGCCAAACCAUCAUUGAGGUUCGAACACUGAGUGGCGAAAUGGACGUCUGGUACAACUUGGAGAAGAGGACAGACAAGUCAGCCGUCUCGGGGGCCAUCCGACUGCAAAUCAGCGUGGAGAUCAAGGGAGAGGAGAAGGUAGCCCCAUAUCAUGUGCAGUACACAUGUCUCCAUGAGAACCUCUUCCAUUACCUCACGGACAUUCAGGGCAGCGGAGGAGUCCAGAUCCCUGAGGCUCGAGGAGAUGAUGCAUGGAAGGUGUACUUUGAUGAGACUGCCCAGGAAAUUGUGGAUGAAUUUGCCAUGCGCUAUGGCAUUGAGUCCAUAUAUCAGGCCAUGACGCAUUUUGCGUGUUUGUCAUCCAAGUACAUGUGUCCUGGCGUGCCAGCAGUGAUGAGCACCUUACUGGCCAACAUCAAUGCCUACUAUGCCCACACAACUGCCUCCACCAAUGUCUCUGCAUCUGAUCGUUUUGCAGCCUCCAACUUUGGGAAAGAGAGAUUUGUGAAACUCCUGGACCAGCUACACAACUCACUGAGGAUUGACCUCUCUACCUACAGGAAUAAUUUCCCUGCUGGGAGCCCUGAGCGACUUCAGGACUUAAAGUCCACAGUGGAUUUGCUGACCAGCAUUACUUUCUUCCGAAUGAAGGUACAAGAACUUCAGAGCCCUCCAAGAGCCAGCCAGGUAGUAAAAGAUUGUGUGAAGGCCUGUUUGAACUCAACAUAUGAGUAUAUCUUCAACAACUGCCAUGACUUGUACAGCCGCCAGUACCAGCUGAAUCAGGAGCUGCCUCCAGAAGACCAGGGGCCCAGCAUUAGGAACCUGGAUUUCUGGCCCAAACUCAUCACACUCAUUGUGUCAAUCAUAGAGGAAGAUAAGAAUUCCUACACCCUCGUUCUGAACCAGUUUCCCCAGGAGUUGAAUGUGGGAAAAGUCAGCGCAGAAGUGAUGUGGCAACUCUUUGCCCAAGACAUGAAAUAUGCACUGGAGGAGCAUGAGAAAGACAGGCUGUGUAAGAGUGCUGACUACAUGAACCUGCACUUCAAGGUGAAGUGGCUCCACAAUGAAUACGUGCGGGAUCUGCCUGCCCUCCAGGGCCAGGUGCCCGAAUACCCAGCGUGGUUUGAGCAGUUUGUCCUGCAGUGGCUGGAUGAGAAUGAGGAUGUGUCCUUGGAAUUCCUGCGUGGGGCCUUGGAACGAGAUAAGAAGGAUGGGUUCCAGCAGACAUCAGAGCACGCGCUCUUCUCUUGCUCUGUGGUGGACGUCUUCACACAGCUCAAUCAGAGCUUUGAGAUCAUCCGGAAAUUGGAAUGCCCAGACCCCAACAUCCUUGCCCACUACAUGAGGAGAUUUUCUAAGACCAUUGGGAAGGUGCUCAUGGAAUAUGCAGACAUCUUAUCAAAGAACUUCCCAGCUUACUGCACAAAGGAGAAAAUGCCUUGCAUCCUGAUGAACAACAUGCAGCAGCUGAGGGUGCAGCUGGAGAAGAUGUUUGAGGCCAUGGGAGGCAAGGAGCUGGACCCUGAAACUGCAGACAGUCUAAAGGAGCUUCAGGUGAAACUGAAUACAGUUUUGGAUGAGCUCAGCAUGGUGUUUGGAAACAGUUUCCAGGUGCGGAUUGAUGAGUGCGUGCGACAAAUGGCUGACAUCCUGAGCCAGGUGCGAGGCCCAGGGAACGCGUCCCCCAAUGCACGGGCCUCGGUGACUCAGGAUGCAGACAGUGUACUCCGGCCUCUCAUGGACUUCCUGGAUGGCAACCUCACACUUUUUGCCACUGUGUGUGAGAAGACGGUCCUGAAGCGGGUACUGAAGGAACUCUGGCGGGUGGUAAUGAACACAAUGGAAAGGAUGAUUGUUCUGCCUCCACUUACUGACCAGACGGGCACCCAGCUGAUCUUCACUGCUGCCAAGGAGCUGAGCCAACUUUCCAAACUCAAGGACCACAUGGUGCGAGAGGAAACACGAAAUCUGACUCCAAAGCAGUGUGCCGUCCUUGACCUCGCCCUGGACACCAUCAAGCAAUACUUUCACGCCGGAGGCAAUGGGCUGAAGAAAACCUUCCUGGAGAAGAGCCCAGAUCUGCAGUCCCUGCGCUAUGCCCUAUCUCUCUACACACAGACCACAGACACCCUCAUCAAGACCUUUGUGCGCUCACAGACUGCCCAGGGGUCCGGUGUGGAUGAUCCUGUGGGAGAAGUCUCUAUUCAGGUGGACUUGUUUACACAUCCUGGAACUGGGGAGCACAAGGUCACAGUGAAAGUGGUGGCUGCCAAUGACCUCAAGUGGCAGACAGCAGGUAUGUUCCGGCCCUUUGUCGAAGUCACCAUGGUUGGCCCUCACCAAAGUGAUAAAAAGAGGAAGUUCACAACCAAGUCAAAAAGUAACAACUGGGCUCCCAAGUACAACGAGACGUUUCACUUCCUCCUGGGAAAUGAAGAGGGGCCAGAAGCCUAUGAGUUGCAGAUAUGCGUGAAGGAUUACUGCUUUGCCCGGGAGGACCGUGUGUUGGGGCUGGCUGUAAUGCCUCUGAGGGAUGUGGCAGCCAAGGGCAGCUGUGCUUGCUGGUGCCCCUUGGGCCGGAAGAUCCACAUGGAUGAGACAGGCGUGACCAUUCUCCGGAUUCUGUCUCAGAGGAGCAAUGACGAAGUGGCCCGGGAGUUUGUGAAGCUCAAAUCGGAGUCUCGUUCCAUGGAGGAGGGGAGCUGAGCACCCAGGCUCCUGUGCCGACCAGAGGGCACCAGUUCCACAAGUCAGGGAUAAUAGGAGUUACUACAUAGUCAUCUUAGAUCCUCACAGUCAAGAGGCUGAUUCAUUCAGUUAGGAAAGUUUAAGGGAAAAUCUAGGGUGGUGUGAGUGUGGCUUUUCACAGAAAGGGUCUGAAUCCCUGACCAGCAGGUCUGUGGUGCUAGGAGCUGGGCUGUGGGGCUUACCACACAGGGAGAUUUUUCAUGGAGGAGCAGACAUUUCUGAGAGUGUCAGCCAUUCUUGGUAGAGAUCCUUCCACUCCCACACCCCUUUUCUCUCCCACUCCAUACCACACCUAAUCCAGUUAGAUCCAUAUAUACCAAUCAUUAGAGGAACAUGUUUAGAGGGCCUGGAGCUUGUGCCUAAUUAGGUAAGUAAUCCGUUGAGUCUACAGGUAUUGCUGAGCCCUGUAGUCUGAACUGGAGUAUGGCCAGGGCAGGAACACACAGAAUAGAAUGCAGACCAUCCAUUGAGCAGAACCCAGCAGUGUAGAGUAGCUCAAGUGAGCACAGGGCAUUGAGACUGAACAAGAUAUCUUUCAGCAAUGAGCUAUGCUAAUCCCUUCCCCCAGAUUAGCUCUCAUGAGUAGAACCAGGUUCACAUGGUGCUUCAGAGGCCUGAGCAGAAUUUCUUUGGAACCCAAGCACCAGGGGCCACCUGCCCAGGAGUCUCCCUACCUCACUCCUUUAGGAAGGGGAGUGAUGCUUCAGGACAUGAAAGGCUCUUAAGUAUACAUAUCUGAGAGCUAGCUGAAGAAUCCAGGAGAGAGGGCUUCUUCAUAGAUAAGCCCUGAACAAAGCCAAAAAUUCUGGAAAUCAGUCUAGAAGGAGUCCUGUUCACCUAUGGCCACUGCCUUUUGGUGGUCCUUCCCCUUGCAGACAGAAUCUAGCCUUUGUCCUCACUCCCUUUCAUUUAGGUCAGCUGCUGUCCCCCUCAUAAAUCGUUCAACUCUACAGAAGGAACUUAGACUGUGAUCCCUCUGUACAGGCUAGAUUGGGGGGGAUGGGGAGCAGAGGGGGAGGGGGGCUCAACACUCCCAGGGAGUCAUGUGGACUUCCCAGGCCCUUGCCCAGAGAUGUGACAUGAUCCUUCAGUAUCCUCAUAGCAGCCUCUUGGACUUCUUGAGGACUCUGCAUUAGCCAUUACAUGAAACAAGAAACGAAGCAUCUUUGCUGUUUUAAAUUGUAUGUGCCAUUGUUACAAGAAAUUAUUGACUAGUCUGUAAUAAAUUAUCUUGUAGCAGC